AUGUCAAUGCCUAUAAGAGUUGUUUGGCUCGAUAAGAACAAAGAUUCAACAGUACUCAAACGUCUUCGUAAAAUAGUACCAGAUUUGAGUACCUAUUCAAGCAUAGUCGAUUGUGUGGAUAGCAUUUGCUCAAUAUCUUCCGCACAUAAUAAUGUGGUACUGAUUAUUUCUGGCUCGUUCGACAGCCAAACAGCCGAGUUAAUUGAUAUUUUACCGCAAUUGCGAGUCAUUUAUAUCUAUUGUUGUGACGCAAGUGAACAUAUCACGUGGACAACUCAACGUGGUAAAAUUGGAGUCGAUGAGAUAUUCGAUCAAGAAAAUGAUCUAAUUGUGCGACUUACUACUGAACUGAACGAAACAACAACUGAGACAUCGCCAUUCAACACCAUGGAAAAUGAAACUGACAUUAUCAAGAGAGACAAAAUGCUGGUGUUCAGUAUAUUUACUAAAAAUAUUGAAAAUAACUCAGCACGAGAUUUAAUUGAAGAAAAAACUACUUUUAUUUGGCUUCAAAUAUUAACCAAUGUUCUCAUUAAUAUGCCAAAAUUGGAGAAAGAAGCACAAAAUGAAUUGAUUUCUCUAUGCCGUCGAGAAUACAAGAAAGAUAAACAACAGAUCAAAUUAAUUGAAGAAUUUUCAAAUAAAUACACAGCGAGUGAAGCAAUUCGUUGGUUCACACGAAAUGUAUGUUUCUAUAAAUUACUCAAUCAAGCAUUAAGAACGCAAGAUUUUUAUAUUAUUUUCAAGUUUCGCUCGUUUAUUACCGAUGUCCAUCAACAACUAAAUGAUUUGUUUACACCUAUAGCCGACAGUUCACUCUCAUUUCGUGUGUAUCGUGGUCAACUCGUGGCUAUAUCUGAAAUGGAAAAACUACGUGUCAAUAUGGGAGGAAUUAUUUCUAUGAAUAGUUUUGUGUCAACAUCAAGAGAUGAAUUUUGUUUUAUGCGAGAUGUAGUGUCAGAACCAGGCUUUGCCAUUGUUCUAUUCGAUAUGGUGAUAGAUACCCGCAUUGCGCAAGCAGCAGGUACGCCUUUUGCAAAUAUCCAAGAACAUAGCUGCAUUCCUGAUGAAGAAGAAAUAUUAUUGAGUAUGGGUACAAUGUUUCGGAUCGAUUCAAUCACAGAAGAAAUAUUCGAUUCAUCGAAUGUAUGGCGCAUCAAACUGGUUAUGUGUACAAUUGAUGAUGAUCCACAAAUCAAAAUGUUGGUCGACUAUGUCAAAGACAAUAUAUGUUCUCAUGGCACAAUGACUUUCUCCACUUAUGGAAAAUUACUUGCCUGCAUGUCACAUUUUGACAGUUCAGUUGUCUAUCAUUGCCAACUGCUUAAUCAAUUACCAUCGGAUCAUAAGGAUUUACCGAUAAUUCACAACGACCUAGCGUAUGCAUAUCGUGAAUCAAACCGUUUUUCCAUUGCACUUGAACAUUAUAAUAUUGCACUUUUGUUGCAAGAAAAGCAAGUACCCCGUGAUGAUGUCAAUAUUGCAAUGACAUAUAGUGAUCUUGGAUGGUUGUUAAUGCAAAUGAAAGAUCUGGAAAAGUCUCUCGAAUUUCAUCAGAAAGCUUUAGUCAUUCGAGAACAACACUUGGGCAAUAACCAUGUCGAUACAGCAAUAUCAUAUGAUUAUCUGGGUCUUUGCUAUUUGAAAACAAAUGAUUUCAACAUAGCGCUCUUCUAUCUUCAAGAAGCUCUAGCUAUCAGGAAGCGUUGUUUACCUGCUCGUCAUCCCUAUAUAGCUAUGUCGUACUGUUCGAUGGGUUCCUAUUUUAGUGCCCGCAAGGAUCAUUCAGAAGCAUUACACAUGUACGAACAAACUAUUUCUAUUUACAAGAGUUCAAUGCCACCAACCCACAAAACUCUAGCACUAACACAUUCAUCACUUGCCACAAGCUAUGUGGAGACAGGCCAAUGGGAAAAGGCAAUUCAAAAUUUAAAAACUGCUUUGGAAAUUUGUCCGAAGAAUGAUUUUCAUAAUCAAGCAAUCUCUCUCAAUACUCUUGGCUUUGUUUAUUACAAACUACGUGAUUACAAACAAGCGUUAGCAUUUUACGACAAGGCAUUACAAUUAACUCGAAAAGACAAGAACACUUCAAUAGCAGCGUCGAUUGAAAAAAAUAUAAAAAAUCUGCAUGUACGAGAGUUAGCUGAAUUUCAAGACUGCUGUGUAAUGUGA